CUCCGUCCCACAGCCAUGUCCUGCUACGAUCUGUGCCGUCCCUGUGGCCCAACCCCGCUGGCCAACAGCUGCAACGAGCCCUGUGUCAGGCAGUGCCAGGACUCCCGCGUGGUGAUCCAGCCCUCUCCCGUGGUGGUGACCCUGCCGGGACCCAUCCUCAGCUCCUUCCCCCAGAACACCGCUGUGGGAUCCACCACCUCCGCGGCUGUUGGCAGCAUCCUGAGUGAGGAAGGAGUGCCCAUCAACUCCGGGGGCUUUGGCCUUGGUAGCCUUGGUGGCUUUGGUGGCCGCUACUACGGCAGAAGGUGCCUGCCCUGCUAAAGCCGUGCUGGACGUCCAGUGAGCGCAUCGACCAGGAAGCCCACAGCCAGGUGCCGGAUUGAGGACGGAGCUGCUGGCCAGGGUUUCCAGAAGGGUUGAGCA